AUGGUUUCUUCGUCGGUGAAUGGUGGUGACGAUGUUCAGCCAAACCCGCGCAAACGGCGUCGACCUCCAAUAUCUUGCCAGGAAUGCAGAAGAAGAAAAGUGAAGUGCAAUCGAGCGGAACCGUGCGGCCACUGUGUGCUGUCCAAGAAACAAUGCCAUUACGGCCUUGGAUCUGCUCAAGACAGACGAAUCGUCCACGAUCGUGCUCCCUCCGGCCGAAUUGUUAAUGACCGCACUUUUGUACCUUACGCUACGCCGACUCAGGCGACUGCUUCUGCCAUAGGACCAAGUCCCGCGUCGGAUGCAACUCGUCUUAGCGGACAUGUUCUCGCGGCACAACCCCCUGUGGAACACUCUUGCGGUAUUGCAAGAUGUGCCUACUCCGGAGAGACCACCAAUGUCACGCCUGACAAUGUCACAAACGUUCCACCGGGCGCGAGGAUGUCACUAAACAAAUCCAGACUAUUUGGCAAGAGUCACUGGACAAACUCUACUCUUGACUUCCAAAGGACAGCAGCAGUCCUCGAUACCGAGUCCGGAAACGCUCCAGAGAAUGAGUCUCUUGCCCGACUAAAGUGGGAGAUUGGCUCUCUUCUUCAAAAGUGCAAACUCCGUUCUAACAAAAUCAAGUCUUGUCAGCUGAGUAGGUGUCGUUUCUAUGCACAAGCAAACCUAUCAGUCGCCAAAGAUAUCGCGGAUGAAAUGGUACACUUGUACACCACACGUUUUGAGUCGGUGUUUCGCAUACUGCAUGUCCCCUCAUUCUGGAAUGAAUAUGAACUGUAUUGGAGUGAGCCUCUGGUGGCACGGACUGUACUCAAGCUCAAGAUCCAGCUUGUUACCGCCAUUGGAAUUGCGAUUCGUCAAGCUCCAAUUGACGUACCAGACGUCUACACAAUGGCUCGUCAAUGGUUAUACGCCGCGCAGGAAUGGUUAUCUGGACCUAUGAAAAAGAACAGGAUCAGCAUCGAGAGUCUACAGCUGCAGUGCCUGCUGAUACUAGCUCGGCAGGCUCUCGCCAUCGGAGGGGAUAUCGUUUGGAUAUCGAUGGGGACAGUCGUGCGGACGGCCAUGCAAAUGGGUCUACACAGAGAUCCUAAGCAUUUCAAGAAGAUGGGGAUCCUUGAGGGCGAGAUCCGCCGAAGACUCUGGGCCACCAUCUUGGAACUGAACAUCCAAGCUGCCCUAGACGCCGGAGUGCCACCAACCAUUUCUUCGAAUGAUUUUGACACCGAGGCUCCUUCCGAUAUCAAUGACAAGGAUAUUGACGAGGAGACGCUCGCACUCCAAGAGCAUGCCGCCACAGCCCCGACUGACUCAUCCCUCCAGCGUUUUCUGCUCCAAUCGCUCGGUGCCCGGCUGGAAGUUGCCCGUCGCAUGAAUGAUAUAACAUCCGCCAUGCCAGAAAUGUCGUACGACGAACUUGUUACUUUGACCACCUCAAUCACCAACGCCUGCCGGAACUGUAGCACUCAUAUCCUCAGAACCAUCAGCCCCGACAUCGCUGCUUUCCACAGCAACUUUGCAGACCUCCUUCUACGGCGGUUUAUACUUCAUCUCCAUCGUCCUCUUGCAGGCCGAGCUCGAAGCGACGCAUUGUAUUAUUUCUCCCGAAAGAUGAGCCUCGACGCGGCCCUGGCCAUACUCGACCCGCUACCAAAGAACGCCGAAUUCAUGCAUCUCGUGCUCCUUGGAUCCGGGAUGUUCAAAAACCGUAUGAUCCAUGCCUCCCUUGCUGUGGCUUUGGAAUUGCUCUUGGACGUCCAAGAGCAAGUUCUCGUGGUGUCUUCACAGGAACCUUCGGGCUAUCGAAAGAUGCUGAUGGAGGCGCUGAGAGAGGGGCUUCGACAGUCUGCGGAACGGAUCCGUCUGGGAGAAACCAACGUCAAGCUGCAUAUGAAAUUGGCUAUGGCCAUGCGCCAGGUAGAGGUGACGGGCGGUGAGAAUUCGUCGUCCUCCACAACACAGUUGGCUCAAAGCGCAAAGGAGAGCUUAGAGAGUUCGUACGCUACUAUCGUGCGACGGGCCGCUGACGAAGGCGACGUCGAUGUCGAAGAUAGAGGCAAUGGUGGGGGGUCAUUGGAGGAUUUUGAACCGGAUGGGUUUGAUCCAGAGGUCUUCUCCAUUGGAUCUGGGUUCAAUUUGGAUGAUUUGUUUUUAAUUCCGGCAGAUUUGGAUAUGACAAUCGACGGCACGGCGGCGCCGACUCUGGUAUAA